AAAUAAUUACAUAAACAUUAUUAAAAUUGUCCGAGGGCAGUAUAAAAACACAGGACCUCUAGCUUUCUUUUUUUCUUUAAAUUACGCCACGGACGCAUGCAUCGACAAGUGGCAUCGAACGCCCUUAUGAAUUUUUUGAGGGCGAGCAAGCGCGUUGGGACGCUUGUCGCGUUUCCAUUUGGCCACCUCGACAGGCCGAGCCGCUGUAAUUAGUAGCGAUUGUGCGUAUUCGCAAAGUCUGCUGCGCUCAGAAAACCAUAGAUUGUUCUGAAAUUUAGGUCAAUGAAGGAAGAUGAAGAGUAAUAAACAAAGACACAAAAACGUCUGAAUCCACAAGCACGAAGAUCAAUGAAAUUUUCGUACUACCUAUCAUUCCUAUGGCGGCUGAACGAUUGCAGCACCAGAGUUCCAUCUAGUAAUCAUUCUAGGAAACUCUACGGCUAUCCAGCGGUCAUACUUUCUAACAAUCCGUUUACCUUUUCAUUGAUCACGCGUCGCGCUGAGUGGAUAAUGCCGGCAGUGACCGCGAACCGGUGGCGUACGAGUCAAUCACGAAAGGCGAAAAAAAAAAAAGAGUAAAAGAAAUGAAUGGUUAGAAAUGAUGGCUCCAGGAAGAGCGUUGGAAGAACGCGGCGCGCUCAGAAGUUCUGCUUUAGUCAGUGCUUCGAUGACUUAGCAAGAAAGAUCAAUUCACUGCGGGGCGAAUUGAUUCGACAUGACUAUUUGAAAAGGCGAACCCGCUCUGUAUCGACCUGUCGAGAAGAAAUUGUUCCGAUUGAAUCGAAGAAUUCACCUUGAGUUUGCACCUUCGGUCAUUCUGCAGUGCACGUCACGUGCGUUCUCUCAAUCUUUUUUCUUAUCUUCCUGAUCGGAGCUGUUUUGCGCAAAAUUGUGCGGCGCUCCUUUCCAUUGUGCAGCAGUAAAUUGGCUCUCCAAUAGGCUUUGCGUAGCCAUUUUAUAUCCCCGUGCCGACGCACUCGACGCGCAUUACCAAAUGGCCGAAAGCCGGCUCCCACGUGCGCUCGCAUAGCAUCGGCUUCCACGGCCGCGAAACUUAAUCUGCCGGCGCGAUUGCGUCAGCACUAACGGAAGUACGCCCAUUAUUCGACGGCACCGCUCGCUUUCAGCAGCCGCUCUCUCGUCCGCAAUUCCUUUCCCCCUGCGUGCCUUUCCUACGCGCGCCCAUCUCUUCAAGUGGGCUUCAAUGAGAGAAAGAGCGACGGGGUGCCCGAAACCGAACGCAUUCGCUUUUGCUUUCGUGCGCAGCCGAUUCAGCAUGCUGGACGCUCUCAGCUCUCUCGUGGCCGUCGCCAGCACGGGCCUCCAGCAGCUGGGCAACGCGGCGGCGUCCAUGGUGACCGCCUCUUCCGACUCGGCGCCGGCCGCAAGCGACAACGCCGGUGAUGGCAACCGCAAGCUGCCCCGGUACACGCUGCAGGAUGUGUACCAGCACUGCCACCAAAAUGAUCUCUGGAUCGUGAUUCACAACAGGGUGUACGACGUCACGAACUUCCUCGACAAGCAUCCAGGCGGCCAGGAGAUCCUGUGGGAGCAUGCAGGCAGGGACGCCACGUUCGCAUUCAUGGGCACCGGCCACACCAGCGAAGCGGUCAGCCUGCUGCAGCAGUACUGCAUCGGCAUUCUAGCCGAGGAGGAACAGCUGAAUAUAUUCAACGACGUAUCCUUGCAAAUGGCCGUCACCGCGCAGUCCUAAGAGGCUCAGCGACGACAAGUGAAAUGGACGUUGCCCCCGACCUCAACUUCAUGGACAUGUGUGAUCUCCAUCAUCAUCGUUUACUUCCCACCAUCGUGCUUCUGCGUGUGCUGCAGCGUAUAUUUAUUGUCGUAUUCGUUCUAAAUAAAGCGCUUGCUGCGUGCCAAACGUC